AACGGUUGUAAAACGCGCUCCAACACGCAACCGAAGAAAAACUUAAAAAAUUUAAACUCGUCGAAACAAGCAAACAACCAAGUUUUAGACGAGUAUUUACAAUUUUCAGCUGUUUGGCGUAUUGCUUUCGUAAGGCAAAACUUUUACCACAACAUCGUGAAGAGGAGGCUCACAGCCAAGACCACAACAACCAACACUUGUUGGCCGCCACUAGUUGGCUGUGUAACGCAUCGAUCUAUGCUGUUGCUUUUGCCUUUUUGGUAGUCUUUUUUGUGCCGCUAUUUCUUCUUCGUCUUCCCCUGCUUUGGUUACGGCUGUCGCAAAGUUUCGUGUCUUUACAAAACAUAAAAAAAACAGAAAGAAAGCAAAAAGGAAAAAAGAAAUUUCUUAUGGUGUAUGAUUGGGUUAGGCGUGCGCGCGUUUGUGUGCUGUGUCUGUCAUUCGAGUGUUGGUACGUUCAGCCAAAGUUAAAGCUUAAGGCUUAUGGUCUUCCAUUGGCAAUGUUUAGUCGCACUUGAAUAUCGGAACGGAAAGCACGACACUCUGGAAGUCAGACCCAAGACCGUUGUGUGGGCCAAAUUAAACGAAUCGUCGUGUGUGAGUGUUUUGUUCGAAAGAAAAAAGCGAGAACAACUCUAUGAAAACAAAUACUAAAAAAAAAAUAAAUAAAUUUCUAAAAAAAUAUCAAACUUGAUGUUGAUGAAGAAAUUUUGACAAAAAUUGGAAUACUGCAAUUUCUAAGUGCCUACGAAGUGUUAUUUGUGGAUAUCUGAUUGAGUUGUGGAAAAAAUAGAAAGUUUCCGUUGAAGGAAACUAAAAACCACGAAAUUUUAUGUAAUUUAUUCCCACUGUGCUGAGCUUAGCUCUGCCAUGCCCAUGUCUAGAGGCUGUUGAAGCUGCUGCUGCUGCUACUGCAACCUGCUGUGUGUGUAACGGUGACAUACUUUUUCUUUAAGAAAACUUCUCACAGCAGCUAAUGAAAAAAAUCAAGAUAAUAAUAAAAAAAAAUAAUAAUAAUAAUACAAAACAACACGACUUGUAAUACAAUACACCUGUACAACCCGCUGAUGCUUCUUUCAUUCGUCUAUGUUGGUGAAAAGAAAAAAUUGAAAAAUAUUUCCAAUCUGAAGAAGCCAGAGGAAAAAAAUAUACAAAAAUAAAAUCAAUUAAAAUAUAACUCAUCAAACCAAAAAUUUAUCUAAACCAGACGGAAUAGAAGGAAUAAUAAUAAAUCAAGUGAUUCCAUAUGUUCUUCAACUUUAGCUGUAUUCAAUUAAUCACCAUUAUCAACACCUAGAACAACUUUGAACUUUCCUAUUUAUCGAAUACUUCAAUUUUACCACCUGCUGUUGCUAUCGCUGCUGCUGCUCCCUCUACUCAAGAUGCCUAAAAUCACCACACAUUUACUUCUACUGAUCAUUAGCCUUUUGGGCUAUUAUGCACGCAUCGAUGCACAAAAUAUAGAUGGUUCAUGUAGUUUUCCUGGUUCACCGGCCCACAGCACCGUGGUAUUCUCCAAUGCCAAUUUGACAGACAGCACGGUUGCCUCAUAUUCCUGCGAAAGAGGUUUUGAGCUGCUGGGUCCAGCUCGCAGAGUUUGUGAUAAGGGUGUAUGGUUGCCCGAAGGAAUACCAUUUUGUGUUCUAAAUGUUGCUGCCGGCAAAGCACCCAUGCAAAUAUCCACCGAUGGUUCUGGUGCUCCACAAAAAGCCAUUGAUGGCUCCACCUCAGCUUUUUUCACAUCCGAAACAUGUUCGCUGACCAAAUCAGAGCGCUCACCAUGGUGGUAUGUUAAUUUGUUGGAACCCUACAUGGUGCAAUUGGUGCGUUUGGAUUUUGGCAAAUCUUGUUGUGGCAACAAACCCGCCACCAUUGUGGUACGCGUUGGCAACAAUCGACCCGACUUGGGUACAAAUCCCAUAUGUAAUCGUUUCACUGGCCUGCUGGAAGAAGGUCAACCCCUGUUCCUGCCCUGUAAUCCACCCAUGCCUGGUGCUUUUGUUUCGGUGCAUUUGGAAAAUAAGACACCCAAUCAAUUGUCGAUUUGUGAAGCGUUCGUUUAUACUGAUCAGGCUCUGCCCAUUGAACGUUGUCCCACAUUCCGUGAUCAGCCACCAGGUGCUUUGGCCUCUUACAAUGGCAAAUGUUAUAUCUUCUAUAAUCGACAACCUUUGAAUUUCCUGGAUGCCUUAUCCUUCUGUCGCUCCCGUGGUGGCACUCUGAUAAGUGAAAGUAAUCCUGCCCUGCAAGGUUUUAUCAGCUGGGAACUAUGGCGCAGACAUCGAAGUGAUGUUAGCUCUCAAUAUUGGAUGGGUGCUGUGCGUGAUGCUGUGGAUCGUUCCACCUGGAAGUGGGUGAAUGGUGAAGAGGUGGCCGUCUCCUUUUGGAAUCAUCCAGGAGGUGAUGAGGAUUGUGCUCGUUUCGAUGGUUCCAAGGGUUGGCUAUGGAGUGACACCAAUUGUAAUACCCAUUUGAAUUUUAUAUGCCAACAUCAGCCCAAGACUUGUGGCAGACCCGAGCAGCCUCCAAAUUCGACUAUGAUUGCCUUGAAUGGUUAUGAAGUGGGUGCCCAGAUAAAGUAUACCUGCGAUGCCAAUCAUUUGUUGGUGGGUCCUUCUUCGAGAACUUGUUUGGAUACGGGUUUCUACAAUGAAUUUCCACCGGUGUGCAAAUACAUUGAAUGUGGCUUACCUGCUUCCAUACCCCAUGGCAGCUAUGAUUUGUUGAACAGCACUGUGGGCUAUUUGAGCUUGGUGAAAUAUUCCUGCCAAGAAGGCUAUGAAAUGGUAGGCCGUGCUUUGUUGACUUGUGACUUUGAUGAACGCUGGAAUGGACCCCCACCAAGAUGUGAAAUUGUUGAAUGCGACACCUUGCCUGGCAAUUAUUACAAUACGAUUAUCUCCGCACCCAAUGGUUCAUACUUUGGAUCCAAGGCUGAAAUCACAUGUCCUCCAGGACAUCGUUUGGAGGGACCCAGUACUUUGACAUGUCUCGCAUCAGGUCAAUGGAGCAGUGCUCUGCCAAGAUGCAUAAAAUUAGAACCAUCAACAACGCUGACGCCACCACCACCACCACCACCUUCAUCAACAGUGGCACCAACAAUACCCUCAACAACAUCAUAUAGGCCCAAGAUUAGCACCACGACAAGCACAACCAAAAAGGUGUACAGACCCACAGCCACCAGUACGACGAGUAGUACAACAUUCCCAACAAGCUUGGGACCACUUGGCGAUAGCAAUGGAGAAACCGAUUCCGAUGAAGAUGUCACCUAUGUGGUGCCCGGUACUGUGCGCGAAGAAUUCCCUCCCAGACGCACUGUGCGACCCGUACUUGUGCCCAACAAGCCAAAAACCACUCCCGCAUAUCAAACACCCAGCAAUCCCACCAUUGCUUCCAGCACUUCCAAAUCUCCUGCUAUCUAUGGUCCCACUCGUACUCGUGUGCCUUAUGUGGUACCCACAUCCAGUGUGGAGACCACCACUCGCAACAUCCAGAAUGUCAUUCAGAAUGCCCAUCCUCAGGACAAUGAAAUUGCCGAUAGUGUCAAUAUACGCCAUAAUCAAUCGCCCAAUGUUAAUGUGCCCUUCUCGGUGGAGAAUUCCAAUCACAAAGAAACCAAAGAGGCCAAAUUGAAUUUGGGUGCUAUUGUUGCCUUGGGCGCAUUCGGUGGUUUUGUCUUCUUGGCAGCCGUCAUAACGACAAUUGUCAUUUUAGUACGAAGAAAUCGCACCACACAACAUUAUCGUCAUAGAGCUUCGCCCGAUUGUAAUACAGUAGCUUCGUUUGAUAGUUCUACUUCCGGUUCCCGCAAUGGUUUAAAUAGAUAUUACCGCCAAGCUUGGGAAAAUCUUCAUGAGUCGGCCUCGAAAAAUAGUUCACACAAUGCCUUGCGUCGCAAGGAAACUUUGGACCCACCAGCCAUGACCAGAUCUAGAGAUAAUUUGAGAGACAAUAUGCAAAGGUCAAGAGAUAAUUUAGAUCGUGUUGGUCGUGAUAACUAUGGUAUGCGUGAUAAUUCCGAAAUGGUCGUUUCAGAUGUCUGUUUAAAAGAAAAGAAACGCCACCAUCAUCAUCACCACAAAAACGGUUCUUCACGCAAUGGUGAAUAUCGUGAUCAUUCGGCGGGUAGGCGGGAACAUCAUCGACACAGUGGAGGACACUAUUGACCAACCAUGAUUAUAACCAUCAAUGUAGAGCAAUAGAACAAACAAACAAACAAAAAAUCAACCAACUUAAACUACAACAAUAAAUAAAGCAAUACAAACGGGAUGCAAUAUCACAAACUAAGAGCAAACAAAAUCACACACACACACACAUACUUAUAUCCAAAUACAAACACACAAUCACAUCAAAUGCAUAAGAACAAAAAAAAACAACGAAGCAAUUAAUUAAUGUAUUGUAGUUAUUUUUUAAUUUUUAAAUAUAAAAAGAAUAAUAUCAUAGUCGCCUAAGUUUUUAAAAAUGUUAAGACAACUCCACAACCAACAAACAACCAACCAAAACCACUAUCCCUCUAUGGAGUGAAAUGAGUGAAAAAUAUGAGAUAAUCACUAUCGCACUUCCCCCACCACCCACACCAAAAUAAAGUCAAUAGAAUUUGUUUUCUAUAUAUUUAAACGAAUUAGUAGAUAAGUGAAUAAAAAAAAACUAAAAAUCAAAAUUUAAAUUUGAAAU